AUGACGCUAGAUAUCAGGAAACUGAGAAUAAGGGAGGGGCUCAAAAAGAGAUUAGAAGUACCAACAGACCAGGAUGCUGAGUACUCAAAUGAUUCGUUAACCAAUAGAGAUAUCAUCCCAAUCCCACCAGAGAGAAGGACUUGGAAGCCUUUUGCUUAUGCACAAUACUGGAUUGUUGAAGGAAUAUCAAUUACAGGUUACACACAAGCAAGUUCUUUAAUUGGUAUAGGACUAUCACCAAAACAGAGCAUUUUAUGUGCAUUGGCUGCUGGUAUAAUAUAUGGGUUUUUUGCUGCUCUUAUGGGGUAUAUUGGUGGGAAGAGUCAUAUUGGGUUCCCCGUUCUCGCAAGAAUGGUUUAUGGUAUCAAAGGCUCAGUGUUUGGAAUCGUAAUCAGAAUUAUCACUGGCUUGAUAUGGCUUGGUGUUCAAGCGAUGUACGGUGGUCGUGCUGUCUCAUAUAUGCUAGCAACAUUUAGUCCUUCAUUUGCUAAAUGGGAUUCUUUCAACAAUGCAAAUGGUAUAACAUCGAACAUUUUUGUUGGUCUUGUUCUAUACUAUAUCUUUUUGAUCCCAUGUGUCUAUAUACCACCUGAGAAGAUACAUCUUUUUUUCAGAAUUGCAACUAUUCUAAUUCUUGGUACUUUUUUCGGUAUGCUUGGUUAUUCUGUGAAAACAGCUGGAGGAGUAGGAACUAUGUUUCAUGAUCCACCUCAAACAUUCAAGACAAGAGGUGAACUAGGAUGGGCAUGUGUUAAAGGAAUAUUCUCUAUUGUUGGCUCAGCGGGUACAGGUAUACUAGGACAAUCUGAUUUUACAAGGUAUUCUAGCACAAAAAGAGGUCCAAUUCUUCCUCAGAUUUUAGGUGCGCCUAUUGCUUUGACAUUCAGUUGUGUUAUUGGUGUUAUCACAACCUCAGCUUCAAGUCAAUUCUUGGGAGAAGUUGAAUGGAACCCCACUGUUUUGUUGAACAAGAUCCAACAAUAUGAGGGCAAUAGUUCCAAGGCUAGAGCUGUGAUUUUUUUUGGCUGCUUUUCCUUCACGUUGCAGCAAAUGGCAAUCAACUUGAUGUUAAAUUGUCUCUCGUCCUCUAUGGAUAUGGUUGGCUUGUGUCCUAGGUAUAUUAAUAUUAGAAGAGGAUCUAUUUUAAUUAUGGCUGUUUCAAUUUUAAUUUGGCCUUGGAAAAUAUUAACUUCUGCUAAAGCUGUUGUUGUUUUCGGUUCAGGAUGGGGAGUCUUUUGCAGUGCUCAAACUGGUAGCUUUAUUGUCAAGUACUUUAUAGUUUACAAGAGGAAGUUGCUGUUGAAAGAUUUGUACAUCAAGUCCAACGAAUCAAUUUAUUGGUUCUACAAUGGUGUUGACUGGAGGGCAAUAGCUUCCUUUUUGGUGGGAACUGUAUUUCUAAUACCAGGGCUGGUUUGGGAUACCUUGGAUAAAUCAAAUGGAUUCUGGACCUGGAUAUACAAGGUCUCUUAUGCUUCAGGUAUCCUUAUUUCUAUGGCUUCACAGCUAUUACUUGAAUUAGUAUUUCCUAAGAAGACAAUUCAACCAACUACUAAGGAUGAUGAUAUAUAUAAUGAAGACGGAUCUAGAGUAAGUUGUGUCAUUGAUGGUCAGUCGUUGAAAGAUUUCGAGCUAGUGGUUAAUGUUGAUAAUAAAGUGCUGGAUGCCCAUGGUAAAUAUGCGUAA